AGCUCAGGAGGGUGCAUCUGUCCAGCAGGGAUCAGCAUGGACCAGUCUGUGGCAAUUCAGGAGACCUUGACUGAGGGGGAGUAUUGUGUCAUCAUAUCCUUCCCAGCGGUGCAAGGUGUGCUGUGUGAGGGAGACAGUCGACAGAGCCGUCUCCUGGGGCUUGUCCGCCACCGCCUGGAACCUGGUGACCAGGAACAUGCCCUUUUCCUAUACAUACACCGGAGAAUGGCCAUUACCGGGGACGAUGUCUCUUUGGACCAGAUUGUACCUAUCUCGCGGGAUUUUUCACUGGAGGAAGUGUCCCCAGAUGGUGAACUCUACAUCCUCGGGUCAGAUGUGACUGUCCAGAUGGACACCGCAGAGCUCAGCCUCAUAUUUCAACUACCCUUUGGCUCGCAUACAAGGAUGUUCCUCCAGGAAGUUGCCAAGGCCUGUCCAGGAUUCGAUCCGGCAACGCGGAACCCUGAGUUUCUGUGGCUGUCUCGAUACAGGUGCACCGAUCUGGAGCAUGAGUCGCGUGAGCAGCCGACUCCGCGGCGUUGGAACUUGGCCCCAGGUACCUGGUCGGGCCCAACUACAGUGGGCGGGCUCCGAUCUAACUUUGACGAUUCAAGGCCAAAUGGGAAAGGUCUGCUUGGAGAGCAAGGCUCCUGGGGUCAGGCUAAACCAGACAGCAUGUCCACAAGGCAGAAUAAAUCCAAAUCUGAAAUAACUGACAUGGUUCGCUCCUCCACGGUCACAGUAGCAGAUAAGGCUCAUAUUUUAUCGGUGAAGAAGUUUGGACUACGAGAUACAAUUGUGAAGUCGCAUCUACUGCAGAAAGAAGAGGACUAUACCUAUGUCCAGAGCUUCAGAUUCUUUGUGGGAACAUACAAUGUGAAUGGACAGUCCCCUAAAGAAUGCCUCCGGCCCUGGUUAAGCCAUGAUACCCAGGCUCCAGACGUGUACUGUAUUGGGUUCCAGGAACUUGAUCUGAGUAAGGAAGCCUUUUUCUUUCAUGACACUCCAAAGGAGGAAGAGUGGUUUAAAGCUGUAUCAGCUGGUCUACAUCCAGAUGCUAAGUAUGCAAAGGUGAAGCUCAUCCGUCUGGUUGGGAUCAUGCUGCUGUUAUAUGUUAAGCAAGAACAUGCAGCGCACAUCUCAGAAGUGGAAGCGGAGACCGUGGGGACAGGAAUCAUGGGGAGGAUGGGUAACAAAGGAGGCGUGGCAAUCAGGUUCCAGUUCCACAAUACCAGCAUCUGUGUUGUGAAUUCUCAUCUGGCAGCCCACACUGAAGAGUAUGAGAGGAGGAACCAGGAUUAUAAAGACAUCUGCUCCCGAAUGCAGUUUCCUCAGAUUGACCCAAACCUGCCCCCUCUCACCAUCAGCAAGCACGAUGUGAUCCUGUGGCUGGGGGACCUUAACUACAGGUUAGAAGAGCUGGACAUGGAAAAAGUGAAAAAACUCAUUGAAGAGAAGGCCUUUCAAACCCUGUAUGCAUACGACCAGUUGAAAAAGCAAGUGGCUGCAAAGGCUGUCUUUGAAGGCUUCACAGAGGGCGAGCUCACGUUCCAGCCUACUUAUAAAUAUGACACUGGCUCCGAUGACUGGGAUACCAGUGAGAAGUGUCGUGCUCCUGCCUGGUGUGACCGGGUCCUCUGGAAAGGGAAGAACAUCACUCAGCUGACUUACCAGAGCCACAUGGCCCUGAAGACCAGUGACCACAAGCCCGUCAGCUCAGUGUUUGACAUUGGGGUGAGGGUCGUAAAUGAAGAACUUUACCGGAAGACUAUGGAGGAGAUCAUCCGCUCCCUGGAUAAGAUGGAAAAUGCUAACAUCCCUUCUGUGUCCCUCUCCAAGCGAGAGUUCUGUUUUCAGGAUGUGAAGUACAUGCAGUUGCAAGUAGAAUCGUUCACAAUUCAUAAUGGACCAGUUCCCUGCCAGUUUGAGUUCAUCAGCAAGCCUGAUGAAAAGUUCUAUUGUAAGCAGUGGUUGAGUGCCAGUCCCAGCAGAGGGUUCCUCCUGCCAGAUUCUGACAUUGAAAUUGAAUUGGAGCUAUUUGUAAAUAAAACCACAGCUACAAAGCUCAACUCAGGUGAAGACAGCAUUGAGGACAUUCUGGUUUUGCACUUGGACAGGGGAAAGGAUUACUUUUUGUCUGUUUCUGGAAACUAUGUGCCCAGCUGUUUCGGCUCUCCUCUUCAUACAUUAUGCUACAUGAGAGACCCGAUCUUGGACCUGCCACUGGAAACUGUUAGAGAGCUGACUCUGAUGCCAAUACAGACUGAGGAUGAUGGGAGCCGGUUGGAGAAGCCCAUGGAAAUCCCCAAAGAGCUCUGGAUGAUGGUUGAUUACUUGAACCGAAAUGCUGUACAGCAGGAAGAUCUGUUUCAGCAACCUGGCCUAAGGUCGGAAUUUGAGCAUAUUAGGGACUGUUUGGAUACUGGAAUGUUUGACACCCUGUCUGCAAACAAUCAUUCUGUAGCUGAGGCCUUGCUGCUUUUCCUUGAGAGCCUGCCAGAGCCAGUCAUCUGUUACAGCACCUACCAUAACUGCUUGGAGUGUUCUGGCAACUACACAGCAAGUAAAGAGGUCAUUUCCACUCUCCCCACAUUCCACAGAAAUGUCUUCAAUUAUUUGAUGGCGUUUUUGAAAAUGUUGCUGAGAAAUUCAGCAAAAAAUCAUUUGGAUGAGAAUAUUCUAGCUAGCACAUUUGGCAGCUUGUUACUUCGAAACCCAGCUGGUCACCAAAAGAUUGAAAUGGCCGAGAAGAAGAAGGCUCAAGAAUUUAUUCACCAGUUCCUUUGCAGUUCACCCUGAGCCGCCCUGUCUCCUCCCUAUUUUGCUAGAGGCAGCCAUUACCAGUUCCACUUGUUUCAGCUCCAGGAAUGCCUUAGGAGAGUGGAAGGCUCUGCGGGAGCAAGAAUGGCAGCUAUUUCCUGAGCCCAAAACCCAUGGCUAGCACACAUACCUACUGUGAGUUGUAAAGACAUAGGGGAAAGUCUUCCACAAUAAAACUGACAGUCAGUGUUCGACUUUAGUUAUUUAACACAGAU